CAGGAACUCUGCGAAUCACAUGGGGUGCGUCCAGAGGGAUCUGGGCUAGAGUCGAGUGGGUAUGACUGGGCAGUUAAACAGGUGACGUGUGUCGCGUGGUCCCUGGUCACAAUAGGGACAUACCGGCAAUUGGCCGGUCUGUGGUAAGUUAUGCAGCGCCAGUGUGGUUUCAACAGCUCUGUGACACGCGGUGGAAUAAUUUUCAGAUUUAUCAGAACACCACCCUUCGAACUGUGACGGGCUGUCUCCUCAGUUCUCAUGUGGACCAACUCCAUCAAGAGACAAAGAUCUGACCAGUAUGAAGACUUAACUACAUGCUGUCUAAGCAAUACCUUUUGGGCUGUUAUCGCAGACCAUCUAAAUCAUCUAAUCUCAUCAUCCCCCGCACAGAAGCCUUAAGGUAGAUCUACAUGAUCUAGAGCGCCACGUUCACCGCUACAAGAGGGAACCUUUAGAUCAAGCCACAUUCAUGCAGACACGGUAACAGAUGAGGAAAAUAGCUACCGGCUGAACGUAUAAAUUGAAUAAAUUGACCUCCCCCGGCAAGCCAGAGUAGGUCUGGCUCAAUUACGAUCCCGCAGAUGCACCCGCCUCAACUCCUACAGAGCAAGGAUUCAUAGCGAUUGUGACAAGGAACACAAGACACACGUCACCUUUUUAACUGCCCAGCCAGUCCCACACGACUCAGACCCUGAUCCCUCUGAAGGCACCCCAUCUUAGUCGCAGAGGUCCUCGAUCUGGAUACUCAACAUAAUCAAGUAAACGAAAGAUAGAACACAACAAACUGCUACAACAACAACAAGCACUUGGUAGAAAGGUUCUAACAUGGCAGGAUACCUCGCAAGCAGCAUUAGUAAGAGGAUAACCACCGCUAAAAAUUUUUCUAAUGUUCAAGCCGGGGUUUGGGCCUAGGCAUUCGGCAUAUAGGCGGAAAUGAUAACCUCUGCGUCACGGUAGCCACCGAAGAAAAAAUAACAGUUAUCAAUUAUUUCAAGAUCGGAAUUACUGAAUAUGGAAAGGACGCAAUGCAUCGCCGAGUAUAAAUAUCUUUUUGCAAUAUGCUUGACAAAAUGGUAGCAGAGAUAGAAAAGAACGUAUUCCUUUUGCAAACCACUCGUAAUUAAAGAAGUUCGAUCUUCCAAAACAAAGAUGUUUAAUGUUAUGCAUUUUUUUUCAAUGUAUUUUGUGUUGACAAGAGCUAUGAAUGAAGUUCGUAUUUUAAAGAUUCUACCUACCUACCUAUGUUUUAUAGUUCAGUUGUCAAACUUUUGAAUUCAAGAAAGAACACAAAAUUUUUUUCAAAAAAGGAAAGAACAAAAGAAUUAAAUCAAAAACUGAAAAGAAACUCAACAAACAAACAAUCAAAUAUGGAUACAUUCAACCAAUUCGUGGAGUCCGAAUUUGGAGCAACCGAGGAACAUGGAAUUCGUGCAAAUAACAACAUUGACGAUUCUUGUUCUGCGAAUGAGGCCCAUCAAGAACGGCACGGAAGAGAGUCGUCAAAACGUUUUCCUGACCAUCCCGCGGCAAGAAACGAAAAUGAAGUCUUUGAUUGUGAUUGCGGGGCGAAUGGGGACAAUGGUGGAUUGGGAGGAACUAGUUGCGUUGAGGCACGUUCCAUAUACUGCUACGAAUGUGAUUCGUGGACAGAUGCGAGAUGUAAGGAUCCAUUCAAUUAUACAGCAUUGCCUAGAGACCAGCCACCGUUGAUGACUUGUAACGGCUGUUGUGUUAAAAUGGUGCGACACUCAAAAUCACCCUAUGAAGUUGUUAGACGUAUGUGUACGUCACAACUACAAAUAAAUUUAUUUAUGGUCGAUCAUGUGUGCAUGAUGGAAAGUUCAGGCAAUGGACAUAUGUGCUUUUGUGAGGAAGAUAUGUGCAAUUCUAGUCAAAAUUUAUACAAAUCAUCCAACAUACCCUACAUACUCGCCACAUUAAUGACAUUCUUAGUACUGCUAAAUACACAUUUAGUGCAUUCACUAACCCUAUCACCAACUUCUACUAUUUUACAAACAUUUUGGUCAUCAUGGUUAUCGUUGUUAGCAUCAUCAUCGAUUUCUACUACUACUACAACAACAACAACUUCAACUUCUUCCUUUAAUACUUAUACUCCUCUUCCCCCCAUGCCAUCUGUCGAAAGCUACUGCAUUUCUAUGAUAUGUGAUCAUCAACGCAACGACAGGCAGCGACAACAAAAGCACAAGGACUGUCAGAGAUUGUUAUGCGGAGGCAAGCACUAUGCCAAAAGACUGUUAAGGCAGCAACACGACAUACCUGCAAUACAUCACUGA